UCUAGCCUGCUGGCUAGCUCUAGUGGCUAGAGGGGAAAUGCAGGUGUGGCGGAGUAGGCAGGCGCUUGUUUCAUUCGGGAGAGCUCUCGCUGCGAGCCGUAGCGACAAGCCCUUCCACUCUCGGCGAGCCACAGGAAGAACAGCCGGUGGUAACGCUGAAUAUCAGUUGGGACCUUUCGCUUGUGAUUUCUAGCUAAUACUUCCAGGAGGCUGUAGCGUGAUUUAAUACCUGGGUCAUAGUCGGAGAGACGGCGAGGCUGCGCAAACAGUCUUCCGAGCGGGAGGGGCCCCGGGCGCUUUCCCGUUGGGUGUUAAAUCGUCGACUUCACACGGACACGUCGAUCGGAAUGAGACGUGUAUGAUGACUCCGGGGCUAUGGCCAGCGAACCCCUCGAAGGCUUCCAUGAAGUGAACCUGGCGUCGCCCACCACCCCCGACCAGCACGGCGUCGCCAACCACCGCACCCCCAAACACGCCGCCCCGCCCAGCACCCUCUACCGCACCCACAGCGGCAGGAUCUGCCCCCCCAACGCCCUGCGGGCCGACCCGCUCCCCACCCAGCCCGUCUACUCCACCCCCGCACACCUGGAAAACAAGGAACCUCACAAUGGCAGUGUCCCAGGGCUGGACGGCCAGACCUCGUCCUCUGGCUCCGCCCCCUCGGCUCGGCUGGAGGCGGAGUCGGGGGAGGGCGGGGCGCUGAGCGGCGAGGAGGGGGAGGAGCCUCCAUGCGCCCUGUCCCGCCUCAGGAGCCCCUCGGUGAUGGAAGUAAGAGAGAAAGGGUAUGAGAGGUUGAAGGAGGAGCUUGCCAAAGCACAGAGGGACCUUAAGUUAAAAGACGAAGAAUGUGAAAGGCUCUCUAAAGUGAGAGACCAGCUGGGGCAGGAACUGGAGGAGCUCACUGCGAGCCUGUUCGAGGAGGCCCACAAGAUGGUGCGUGAGGCCAACGUCAAGCAGGCCACGGCGGAGAAGCAGCUUAAGGAGGCCCUGGGGAAGAUCGACGUGCUGCAGGCGGAAGUGGCGGCCCUGAAGACCCUAGUGCUCUCCACGUCCCCCACCUCUCCCUGUAAGGACCUGCCCCUGGGGCCCAAGGCCCCGUUCAAGAAGGGCCACGCCCGCAACAAGAGCACCAGCAGCGCCAUGCUGGGCCCCCAGCAGGAGCUCAGCAUCACCCAGCCCAUCGUGCGCGACUGCAAGGAGGUGGACACGUUGCUCUUCAGUGAGUUUAAGGCGUGGAGAGAGGAGCCAACGCUAGAGAGGAGCUGCUCCUUCCUGGAGAGAAUCUACAGAGAGGACAUCUACCCCUGCCUCACCUUCUCCAAGAGCGAGUUGGCGUCGGCCAUUUUGGAGGCCGUGGAGAGGAACACGCUGAGCGUGGAGCCGGCGGGCUUCCAGCCGCUGCCCGUGGUGAAGGCCUCGGCCGUGGAGUGCGGCGGACCAAAUGGCCGAAGGUCUCAGAUAGUCACAAAGUGUGCCCUGAGUGGCCAGACCAAACCCUGCAAGCACAGAAUCAAGUUCGGCGACUCCAGUAACUACUACUACGUCUCCCCGUUCUGCCGUUACCGGAUCACCUCUGUCUGCAACUUCUUCACCUACAUCCGUUACAUCCACCAGGGCCUGGUGAAGCAGCAGGACGCCGAGCAGAUGUUCUGGGAGGUGAUGCAGCUCAGGAGAGAGAUGUCAUUUGCAAAGCUGGGGUUCUACAGGGAGGAGCUGUGACCAAUGGGGACAGGAGGGAGGCGUGUCUUCGAUCCCGAUUGGACGAGGAGCCGAGACUGACGGGUGGAGCUUUGAGACCCUCCUGCAUCACGGCAGUGCUCCCAAGCCCCUACCCCUUUUCGCAGGACACGCCCACCAACAGCCUCAACGCAUUUUGACUCGCUGUCAAUCAGAACUGCGCACUGGCCUGUCUCCCGGGCUCAACGACUUACAUUUCCACUCAUAUUUAAAAAAAGAAGACGACAUAAUUAUGAACUUGCUGCUGUUUUUUGAUUUAAUUUUGUUUAAGAGCGGGUGAAUGAACUCUAUUAAAAAUAAUAAUAAUAAUGAAUGAAAUAAAAUGUUUGAUCCUGUUUGCAUUUGUAUUGUUUCUGAAGAGAUAUGAUGAGAAGAAAUUUGGAAAACCGGUACCGUUUGAAGGAAAAGCAAGUUCUUUUUGUGAUUAUACACCACCAUAUCAAUAUGCCCCCAAGCUUUUUAGUUCUUAACCCUAACAGUAGUCAGCAGUAAGUGGCAGUGAAGAUGUGUGCGUACGUAUGAUAUGUCCUGUAUGUAUGUUUUGUUUUUUUUCUCCUGCACUACAAUCUUAUAAGGCUUCCCUCACUUUAUGUUAGUGCCUUUCUGGAGCAAUGCUGAAUAAAAUUGUAUACCUCUGGAAA